AUGAAAGUUUUUUUUUUUAGAUGUAAUAAUUUUAUUCCAUGUAAAAAAUAUGCUUUCCAGUAUUUUAGUGAGAGAGAAUAUGAAUCUAGUAUUUUUAAAAAAAGCGUUCGGAAAUUACUUCUUUUUUUUUAUAAGGAAGUUCAUCCAGACUUAACCAUGAGUUUACCGGAGGAGUUAAAAAAAAUUAACAAUGAAUCAUUAAGUAUUUUAAAUGCAUACAUAGACACUUUAUGUUCCUCUUCAAAAGAAGAGAAUAAUAUAUUUUUAGAAAAGAACUUAGUGUUUUUUAAAACAUUUGAAAAUUCUGAAAAUAAGAUACUUAAAGGACGGUAUAAAAAUAUUAUAAUUAAAUUACAUUCCAUAUCAAGUAAUUUAUCAGUAGAACAGAAGGAAAAAAUAACAGCAAAAUUAAUAUAUGAUAUUAAGAAAUCUCUGGAAAAAAUUAAAAAUGUAAACAACUUUGAUGAAAAUAUUGAUCCAUUUGAUCCUAUAUCAAACAGUAGUAAUGACCCAAUUUAUUCAGAAAAAAAAAAAAAAAAUGAUAUUAAUUCCAUUUGGGAAGACUUAACAGAACACGUAAAAAAUACAGAAGCAUUAUAUCAACCACCGGAAGAACAAAUUGAAUUGAUACAAAGAAGAAAAAGAUAUUUUUAUUACAUAAAGAAAAAAUUAGAAGCCAAAUAUCAAAGAAUAAAUCAUAAGAAAAGAAGAAAAAACAAAAUACUAAAACUCAACCAAACUGCUAACAAAUUAGCUCAAGAAAAAUUUCCACAUUAUACGCAAAAAAAUUAUGAUCAAAAAAUUUAUGACCAAAGCUACAAAAUUAUUCACAGUGGAUAUGACCCAAAUUUAAUUUUUUUUCAUAAAGACAUUAAAGAGGAAGAAAAACGAAGAGCAAUAGAAAAUCUAUGUGGUAUGUAUUUUAAGGAUGAUGCGGACAAAUGGUUGUUAGAAAAUUGUCUCAAGUUAUUAAAAAAUCAUCAAAUACAAAUUCCGCUAGUUAUAUACUCUAAAAAAGAGUUUUCCUUAUCAUCAACUUUUGGAUUUAUAUACGUGCCCGUUGAUUUUUGCUUGAACGACUUUUUUACGUUCCUUGAAAAUAAUCUUCAUCAAGCGAGGUGCAUUAGAAAAAAGGUUUUAAAAAGCUUCGACCUAUGA